AUGAGUCGGUCAGCCUCACAUUUGAUGGAGAGUGAACUGUGGAGAGCCACUGUUCUGGUUCGGCUGGGGGCCAACCUAACUAAGCCCGGACCAUGUCUCGAGCCUCGGCCAUCUCUCCGCACUGGGGGAAAGAAAUUAUCGGCUGCCUUCGAAAAUCCUUCGAAUCAUGCCAUCCCCUUCAGUCUUCCGUUUUCUGGUAGCUUCACUUAUGGCUAUUGCUCCAGUAUCAUCUCGACCACGCUGGCCCAACCGUCCUUCGUAAGCUAUUUUGCGCUGGACACGCGACGCAAUGCGGCCGAUCUCGAAGGCGCCAUCAACGGUCUCUUCCAGGCCGGUGGUCUCCUCGGCGCGCUGUCGUGUACCAAAACGGCCGAUUGGUUUGGUCGUCGCAAGGCGCUCUUGCUGGGAGCCACUUUUUCCGUCGUCGGGGGCUGGGUCGGACUGGGGUUCUACUUUGUCAGUGCGUCCGGCGCGCAAUGGAGAAUUCCGCUGGCGAUCCAGUGUGCAGCGCCGUUAGUUCUCGCAUGCGGAGUGCUGUUCCUCCCCGAAUCGCCUCGAUGGCUUCUGACGCAGGACCGCGUCGAGGAUGCCUAUCGUGCUUUCGUGCUUACCCACGGGGACAAUGGGACGAGCUCGGACGAUUCAACCGUGCGCAGUCAAUUCGACCAACUCCACGCGCAACUGCUCCACGAGAAGCGGAAUGGUGUCAGUCUGGUCGAGCUGUUCAAGCGCCCUACCCUCCGGAAACGAUGCGUCAUUGGAUGGUUGACCAUGUUUGGUGCUCAAGGCACCGCAACGCUGGUGAUCAACAAUUACGGCCCCAUGCUCUACGGGCGUCUCGGUUUCAAUACAGUUCAGCAGCUUCUGAUCCAGUGUGGCUGGAUCACGGUCUGCCCCUUUGGUAACUGGCUCAAUGCGCUCGUGGUCGAUCGCAUUGGCCGAGUCCGCAUGCUGAUGUUUGGCUUUGCGUGCUGCGUUGUCGCGCUGGUCGGAGAAUGCAUUACGCUGUCUAUCUUCCAACGCACUGGCGAUCGCGGGGUUGCAUCGGCCGCGGUGUUCUUCCUUUUCCUGCACAUUGGAUGCUUUUCCUCGUCCGUCGAUGCGACGUCCUACAUCUACGCGUCGGAAAUCUUCCCAACUCCGGUUCGAGCGAAGGGAUUAUCCGUCUCCAUAUCGGGGCUCUUCAUUGCGACGAUUCUCUUCCUUCAAGCGGCGCCCACGGCCUUUGACAAUGUGGGUUGGAAAUACUAUCUGGUGUUCAUCUGCGUUACGUCUGCCAUCUUUGUUGUCAUGUGGCUGUUUUUUCCGGAGACCCGUCAGAGAUCACUUGAAGACAUUGGGGUCCUCUUUGGCGAUAGUGAAGAGUCGCUGAAGCCUGCGGACGCCAAUGAGAUACAGGAGAAGGAGGAAGUUUCCAAGAGUGAGACUUGA